UUAGCCAUGGAAGAAACCCAAUUAACUCCCCACAUUGCGAUUUUACCCUCUCCAGGAAUGGGUCACCUCAUCCCGCUGGCCAUUUUCGCAAAACGAUUCAUAGCCUACCACAAUUUCACUAUCACCUUCAUCAUCCCUAACGAUGGAUCACCACCCAAACCCCAAAAUUCCGUCCUUGAUGCCCUCCCUAAGACCAUAACCUCUAUCUUUCUUCCUCCAGUUAACCUCGAUGAUCUCCCCGGAGAUGUUAAGAUCGAAACUCGAAUCUGCCUCACAGUGUCUCGUUCCAUCUCUUCUUUUCGUGAAGCUUUAAGCAUCUUAACUUCUACAACCCAUCUUGUUGCCUUAGUUGUUGAUCUCUUCGGUGUGGAAGCAUUUGAUGUCGCUAAAGAAUUCAAGAUUCCAUCCUACAUCUUCUUCCCUUCAACGACUACCUUGUUUUCUUUUUGCCUUCAUUUGCCCACUCUCGAUGAGACAUACUCUGGCGAGUAUAGAGACUUGCCUGAACCGGUGAGGCUGCCCGGUUGCGUGCCACUACAUGGAAGAGAUCUCCUGGAUCCAGUCCAAGACAGGAAUAAUGAUGCCUACAAGUGGCUUCUACACUAUUCAAAACGUUACAGAUUAGCCGAUGGGGUUCUAUUGAAUAGCUUCAUGGGGUUGGAAGGAGGUGCCAUUAAAGCUCUCAAGGAAGGAAGAGUCCCUACUGCGCCACCGGUUUAUCCAAUUGGACCAAUCAUACAAACCGGUUCAUUGGAUGUGAUCGAUUCGACCGGGUGCUUGAGUUGGUUAGAUAAUCAACCACGACGCUCAGUUCUAUUUGUAUCAUUUGGGAGUGGUGGAGCCCUCUCGUUGGAACAAGUUAAGGAAUUGGCCUUAGGAUUGGAGCAAAGUGGGCAUAGGUUCUUGUGGGUUAUUAGAAGCCCAACUCGAGGAGCUGCUGAUGCUUCAUUUUUCACUGUGCAAAGCAUGGAGGACCCAUUAACCUUCUUGCCGGAGGGGUUCUUGGAGAGGACUAAAGAGAUGGGCUUAGUUGUGCCCUCAUGGGCUCCUCAGAUUCAAGUUCUUAGCCAUGGCUCAACCGGAGGAUUCCUAACUCAUUGUGGAUGGAAUUCAAUAUUAGAGAGUGUAGUGCAUGGUGUGCCCUUAAUUGCUUGGCCACUCUAUGCAGAGCAAAAGAUGAAUGCAGUAAUGUUAGUGGAGGACAUAAAGGUGGCAUUAAGGCCCAAAGCAGAUGAGAAAGGCUUAAUAAAGCGACAAGAGAUUGCAAAAGUGGUGAAAAGCUUAAUGGAAGGAGAAGAUGGAAAGAGAAUUCAAAGCAAGAAGAGUGAACUCAAGGAUGAAGCGACCAAGGUAUUGAGCGAUGAUGGGUCUUCCACAAAGGCACUAUCAGAGGUUGCACACAUAUGGAAGAGCGGCAAGACCAUUUAAGAAUAUUUAUGUUUUCCAAACUUUCUUUUUUCAUGCAAUGUAAGAGUAGGGUAAGGUGUGACGGUGAAAAUUAUCAAACAAU